CCGGUGGGGUGGCUUUAAAAUCAAUAUCGCGUCGCGUCCCUGCCGGAUCAGACGGCUAUCGCGCUCUCUUAAAUCAUAUCUCUAAAUUUUUAAUUUUAAUUGCUUUCUUCUCAAUCAGCACUCAGUUGUGAGCUAUUUAAUCAGUUUAAUCAAUUGUUUAUUUGGUAAAUCAAGAAAUCAACAAAACUUACCAACAUGCCUCCCAUCAAAAGGCGACGACAGAGGAAGACAAAGAACACGACCAAAUCAGUUUUGCCACGACGAACAUUUGCAACCUGGCUCGACGACACAGUGCGAUCGAUCCGCUUCGCUGCGGGCACGGUCCACACAGCUAAAACGGUAGCAAAUACUGGGACAUCUCCAAUAAGCACAGCCCACGACUUGCUGCAAUCAGCGGCAAAUUCGCUCUGCACAGCGGCCAAAUCAAUUAGAUCAGCCGCAAACUUGGUGCAUGCAAGUUCUCCGAGUAACGAUCCAUCUGCCCGAGCACUCUGCGCCAGGCUCCGCUUAUCGGCAAACUGGCUCAUCUCUGCUGCGGCGCCACUCCGCUCGUCUCCGCCCUCGAUCCACGAUGCUCUCCAAGUAGCUGCUGUUGCUCUUCGGAAGGCUGCGUCGUCUCUAGACACAGGUGAGGUUCAAUCCAUGCUGAGGUUAAGAGAUAGCUCGCGAAGAGAACCUACCUCAGAGCCCUUGGUGACUAGCAGUGACCAAGUGGAGGCGUCCUCGUCUAGCUCUGAACAGCGUCAACAAGUUGACCAAGAAAACCUAGAUAGAACAAUGCGGGUCCAGAAUGAAGAACAGACUGACUCAGAGCCAAGAGCGAAAUUGACAAAAUCAGAACACACGGACGAACAUCAAGAAGAACCAAUAGCAAGUAGCUCUAACAUGGCAAACAACUCCAAUAAGAGUAAUGAUAAUUCCGAAAGAUCACAAACGGUUGAAGAAGUUAAGGAAGAGGCCGAUACUAAAAAAGUACAGGAAGGCAAUGACAAUAAUAGUAUAAGUCAAAAUAACGCUGACGAGUCAGGUCAGGUAGAUGAAAUAAACGUUGAUCAACUCCAGCAACAAGAAUCAACGUCUUCAUUGGUCAAUGAAGACGUCGUCUUAAAUAUAAAAGUUGAAACACAAGAUAAUCAGGAAACUGAUGACGAUUUAACAAUUAAUUUAGAUUUACAGAACCAGCAGACAGAUACCUUAGAAGCAGAAAACAUAACCAUCGAUAUCAAUUUACAAGAAGAAGAGAAUAGAGAAUCCAAUAUUGCCCAGCCAUGUUUAGAAGCGGACAGUAAUGAGGAACCAACAAAUAACGAAAGACAACUACAACUAAAUGAGAAUUUAGAUUUAGAACAACAGUGUCAAGCUGAAGAAACAAAUUAAGAUACGCAGAGUACCAUAUUGGAGUUCAAGUUUUAAGGAACACGAAGAUUUUAUCUCAAACAGAAUAUCGUCUCGGCAUAGUGGUAAAAACAGUGGGUGACUUCGUACACAAGGAGCUGGGCACGACUGCAACUACCCUCCAAAAGUGAGCACAAUACUAGAAACCUGCUACGGUUUCCACAUCUAUUAUUGUAGUAUUUAGAAUAAAUUAAAUUAUAAGCUCUGCUUGCUUCAGCGAGUGCCAAACUGCGAAAAUACUGGCCAAAUGUUUAAAUUUGCAAAUCGUUUUUGAUGUGAAAUAUCUACAUUUCGUGGCCCAGGUACUUUUGUGCAUGGUCAUUCAUGAUGCACCCUCACUUGCGUUUGUCUAAAGGUUGUGUUAUUUUGCUUAGUAUGGAUACCAUAAUAUAAGGAAUGAAAAAUUCGUGAUAAAUAUAUAAAAUAUUUUGAAAGUUACUAUUAUUUUUAAGUUAUAAUAAUUAUUCUAAGUUAAUAUAGUUUUUCCCUCCACCAUGUGAUAUAUGUAUAUCAAAGAUAUCAGUUAUUUAUUAUUUGUUUCUAUAUAGUUAUGUAGGCACGUUGUACAUACUUUUUAUCUUAUUUUUUUUAGCUUUCACUUAUCUUUAGUGAUGAAAAAGUAGGAUAUCAUACAGAAAAUUAUCAUAAUAUACACACAUACGUAAUAUAUUUUCGUAAGUCUUUUACUUUUAAGAAAAGUGUAUUUUGUUGUUUAUUAAUCAACAGUAUUUAUGUAUUGCUCUAUUUUAUUUUAUUAGUCGGUAACACGUUUUUAUAGAGUAGGUAAACCUACUCGUUUGAAGAAUUUAUAAAGUAUGAUUGUUUAGGAGUUGAAGAGAUAUCAGUCUGAUUGUACCUACGUAUAACUUAGUUGGCUUCUUAUUUUUAUUUUCUAUUAAAAUCUAGAGCUUACGUUAGUUUAGGACAGGGGCCUACAUGAUUAUUAAUAUUUUUUUAAUGUCUAUUUACCACUAAUUAGCGGAAGCGAACGUACAAAACUAUAUCACACAUGUUAGGUGCACCUAACAUAAGAUAGUUAAGUAAGCUAUCAAUAUUCAAUGAUUAAUAUAAUUUUAUACCUAAUUCACAGUGACAUUUUAACAUUUCACUUAAUAGUAACCAUUUUGCAAUUUUGUCAAAACCUGUUUGUAGUUACUUACUCAUUUAAUAUUCAUGAUAAUAUUCAUACAUAUAAAUUAUUGCAUUAUGUAAUACUUAAAUACAAAUAUUUCACCAUCUCCGCGCAACUAGUUACGCCACAAUAAGGAUAUGAUAAUUCAAUAAUAAUAUGAUUAUAGUAGUGUAAGUUAAGAUAAUAAUUGAUAUUGUAGUCUUAUACUCUUUUAUCUAAACCAUUGGUAUACACUUGUUCCUGUUUGCUCAGGAUUCGAUCGUACAAAUAAUUUUGUUAAAGGUAAAAUGAUUUUCUCAGUGAUUUAUGUGCCAGCACCAAUUAAUUUACAGUCAAGUCUUAAAAGAUUAAUUUUCAUAUACUAAUAAAGCAGGCAUUUAAAUGUUUGCUCAAUUUUAUAAACAUAUUUAAUGUGGUCAUAUCUAUGUUAAUAAUUAGUAAUAUCAUAUAAUAUGUAGGACCUAUCUACAUAGGUGAGAGUGUAGGUACUAAGGCUAAUUGUUUAAAAUUAAGAAUAAAAAACAAUGCUACUACAUGUACCUAACACAAUGUGUGAAUUAGAUUUUAGAUUAGUGACAACAAAAAAAAAACAUAAAAUUCAAUAAAAUAAAAAAAAAACAGUAGAAUGUAGAACCCUAAUAUUAAAUAUAGAUGUAAGCACAUAGAUAAGACAACCAAAAAACGAAAAUGUUGAAAAGUAGGUAAUGAUGUAAGUAGGUAAUGUGGAUGUAAUCGAUAAUAUGGCGUAUACAUUGUAAUCUGGAUGUUGUAAUACAAUUAUUAGUAGAUACUAGAUAGGUUCUACUUAGAUCUAAAAUCAUCAUAAAUUUGCUCAGCCCCCUCUAAACUAAUAAAAAUAUUCACCCUAGGGGUACCUAUUUUAUUUAUACACGCGUGAGCGCGUACCUAAAUUAUCUUUUUCGUCUAUUUAUCCCAAAAUCUUUCGAUACCUUUACUAUUUACAACCCUACAGGGUGAUUAAAAUUAUACUAAAAGAGGAACUGAUCGAAUUUAUAUACCUAUUUUCGUCAUUUCUAUUUUGGUUGUUCCCUUUACUUGCAAUUAAUAAAGUGUAUUAAUGUA